AUGAAGGUGAGCUACGAUCAACUUCACACCAUCCUGGUGGAAAUUGAAGCAAUCGUGAACUCACGACCUCUCACAUAUGUUUCCGGAGACGCACAAGCGUAUGAAGUGCUAUCUCCACAAAGACUUUUGACUGGAAGACAGCCUGGCGCCACGACGGAGACUUCCGAGCUGACCACAAUGAGCCGCAACGAGCUGAUCGACUUAGAUAAGCAACGUAGCGAACACGCUCUAACUUGGUGGAGGCUAUGGCAAGAAUCUUACUUGUCCGACUUAAAAGAUUCCAUUGUCGCAAGGGAAAGGGAGCCAAAUAUCAAGCGUGUUUCGUGGCCUACGGCCAUUAUAACGGAAUUGAUUCCCGGCUAUGACGGCAAGAUACGAGCUGUAAAGUUACGUCUUCGUUCAGAAAAGGAAACAACACGAGGUCUCCAGACCAUUUAUCCAUUGGAAAUUCAACAUGACGUGGAUCCGCCCGUCAAUGUUUCCGUAGACGGAUCUAGAGGAGCCGAGGCUGGCCAAGAAGAAGGAGGUGCAUCCGCGCCUAAGAAGAAACCCCCCCGCAAGAAGAAAAAGGAAUCGCCGAGGAGGACUCGCGAUUCCGGUAUUAUCAGUAAGAGUAAUUAUUGUCACAAGUCCAACCUUUUAAAGACAAACGCUGCCAAGGUAAACGCUACCAAGACAAACGCUGUCAACACGGUUGCUGAAAAGCCUGUCACUGCUAAAGCCAGUGCAAACAAAUCCCGUCAUUUGAACAAUCUCGCGAAAACGGUUUUCUCCAAGAUCUUCAACACGCAGAAGGAUGGUGUCGAAACCAUCAGUCGUUUCAAGCAGCCACUUGGUAUUAAGCCCCUCUCUCCCCUCCGUGACAUGAACCACCAGCUUCCGGCUCCAAUGUCGUCUUCAGUUUCCAGUCAUCAGCAUGUCGCAGCUUCUCCUGGCUCCAAGAGGCGUCUUUAUGUCGAUAGCAAUACUUCAUCUUCCCUCAAGAAACCCGCGAUUGCUCAAGAAUCCUCCUUCGACAAGAAUGUUUCUCGGCUGACGUUGAAGAAAUCUUGCGAGAUCCUCGAAUGUGUUAAUCGAGUGGAACAGAAAAUUGAUCGACUGCUGGCCUUCCAGGACAACCAACACAUUGAAGACCUCUUCGACGAAGUUAUGAAGUUGCCUGUUGACGACCUUGACAGCUGGCAGAUGCUGGAGGAUCUUUUGAUGGACAAACGCAAUUGCAUCAAACUGGUUUCAAAAUAUUCGACAUUGGGUGGCAGUGACCUUGGUGACUUCGUCCGCCGUAUAUGGGCAGCCCUUGUGACGGACAAAUUUGGCUGCGAGUUGUCGUGGAUAGGAAGAGAUAAGAAGAAAAUAGCCGUAAAAGGAUCAAAUUGCUUCUCUCUCGUUGUUAGAACGGUAAAGGCAAACAUAAAGUACGCAGAUGUCAACGAUCCUGACAUUGAAAAGGCUUCCCAAGAUUGGAUUUUCAAGUCAAAACGUCGAGUCCAGCGCGCUGAAGACACUUCAAACGUCGUUGAGUCGUGUGUUCCAAGUCUGUCGGAUUCCCCGGUUGCCGGAACCAGUGGAUGCAACAGAUCCACAGUAUCCAACAUUUAAAACUCGGCUAGUUCGUCCGUCUCCAAUAAAGGCAAAGGGAAGAAGUAAACUAAGAAGAAACAAACUAAGAAGAAACAAAAUAAGAAGACUAAGAAGAUCUCACUUUUCAAUAUUUCAUUUUUCCUAAAAGAAAUUUUCUCAAAUUGUAUCAUUUUCAUUAAUUUUAAUAAUUGUUUUUAUUUGUAUCCGGUUCCAGAAGCAAAAAUACAAAGAACUGUGGA